AUGUCUUGGUCCGGCCUUCUCCGUGGCCUUAGCACGUCCCUAAAUUAUGGCCUAGCUCUGGUCCCCCGGCCUUGGACCACGCGUCCCAUGGCCACCCUGAACCAGCUACACCGUCGGGGCCCCCCGAAGUUUCCGCCUCCGAAACCAGGCCCGACGGAGGGCCGGCCACAGCUGAAGGGCGUGGUCCUGCGCACCUUUAUCCGCAAGCCCAAGAAGCCCAACUCAGCCAACCGAAAGUGUUGCCGCGUGAGGCUCAGCACCGGCCGGGAGGCCGUUUGCUUCAUCCCUGGAGAGGGCCACAGCCUGCAGGAGCACCACGUGGUCCUCGUACAGGGCGGCCGCACGCAGGACCUGCCGGGUGUCAAGCUCAAGGUCGUGCGCGGGAAGUACGACUGUGGCCAUGUGCAGAAGAAGAAGUAA